UUUUUUUUCAAUGUAGUAUAUAAGAAGACUCUUCUUCUUCUUUUUUUUUUCCUACAUUAUUAUUCUACACAUUAAUCUAUUUAUUUAUUUUUAAUAUUAAUAAUAAUAAUACUAACAAAAUGAAAUCUGCUUUCGCUCUUGCACUCUUUGCUGCUCUUGCUGUUUUCAGUAGCAAUGCUAAGCCAGUUGAACCUUACUAUAAGAUUAGUGUCAAGUCUGAAACUGAAUUCUGUUCAUUCUUGCCUCCUCAUCCUGGAGAUUUUGUAGCUACUACUGAAAGCAGAGGCAAGGCCUUCUGUACUAAACCUGGUUUGGGUGGUGAGGUCUUCCCUGAAGGUUUUAUCACAGCUGCUCACUUCUUAAAGACUGACAAUUAUGCUCAAGUCACUGGUAGAUUUGAUCGUAAAAAGUACGACUUGCACGCCUCUGAUGAUGGUGGACAAUACGAUUACCAUGAUGUUCCUUGUGCCAGCUGUAACGGUUACAAGUACUUUGUCAACUUGGUUGGUCCUAAUGCUGAUACCUUCUGUAUUCGUUGCUGUAACAACUCUGAAGAUUGUAACAUUGGUAUUUCUACCUAUGGUUGUGAAAGAGUUAUCCCUGGUAACUACGACUAUUAAAAUCUAAGUGGACUUUCUUUAAUAUCAACAUAUUACUUUACUUUAUUAUAUCUUUCUUUUUUUAAUGUAAUUCUUGUAAUUCAAUAAACUCAUUAUCAUUAUUAUUAUUUAA